CGCGGAGGCUGCGCGCUCUCGAGUCCAUGGCGCUCGAGCGCCCGGUCUCGUUCGUGUGGCCGAGGCCGCGGCGCCGAUGCCCGCGUGCUUGCGAGUCAGUCCCGGGGACGGGCGGAGCGCGAGGGCCCGCGUGCAGGCUCGCGCUCCGCCGGUGACGUCGUCCGCAGAUUUUAAUGGAGAGCACCAGGACCGGAUACACGCCAUCUUGAGUGAAAAGCGAACGGCAGGCCGGUCGGUCCGCCUCUUCAACACGCGCGCGCCCUCUUACACACCGGGACGGACCGGUGAUGAAUCCCGUUAAACACCGUGGAGCUGAACGGUUCUGACGACGUGCUGCGGUGAAAGCGACACAACGUUAGGCUCGCAGCUGCUAGCCUCUUUAGCUUAGCACACUUAACCUCGGAUUAAACGAACGGGAGUCGAGAGUAGAAACGGGAGUCGUUGUCCGGUCCCCGUCCCGGUUCGGACCCAGCCAAACAGGGGUUUACCGGUCAGAGUCGGUCGGUUCCAGCGCGUCGGGUCGGUUAGCUCGAAGCUAACAGCUAGCAUGUCUGCCAUCCAGACCGAGAGGUUCAGCCUGAUGUAUUGUGCACGCUCCAAUGCGCGUGUCCGCGGUAGAAGAGGUACACGAACUAGUAGUGACAGUGAAGCUCUUCUUCCUCCUCCUCCUCUUCAUCGGUAAGAGACUCAUGAAACAUGGAAUAAAUACAAUAAUGUAUUUGUUGGACACGCAGGCACCAGUUUGCUGUUGGCAUUUCUCUGUAAACAUGCAGAGCUACAGGUCCAGGUACAUUCCUGUGUGAAGGACCCCUCAGCUGCCCCCAGGGCCCCCACUUACCUAUAACAUGUCAGCCAUCCAAUAAUUAAUAAAUAAAUGAGGAGGGGGGUCCAUUCACAGAGUCAGAAAUGUUUAUUAGCCACGUAUGUUGGACAUACGAGGAAAUUGUCAUGGUUUAUGGUGCAUACACAACAAAGGAGAAUACAAUUAUUUUAACAAUAGAAUACAAAAGGAUAUAAAAUAUAGGGGAUAGUGGACAAGCACCUUGAGGUGUUGGUCCUGGAGAGACGGCGGAUUGCAGCCGAUCACGCUCUGCAGAGCGGAUGACACGCUGCAGCCUGCCCUUGUCCUUGGCUGUGGCUGCAGCGUACCACACGGUGAUGGAGGAGCAGAGGAUGGACUCCAUGAUGGCCGUGUAGAAGUGCACCGUCAUCGUCAUUAGCAGGUUGAAUUCAGCUGCUUCAGGAAGAACAUCCUCUGCUGAGCCUUCUUGGUGAUGGAGCUGAUGUUCAGCUCCUACUUGAGGUCCUGGGUGAUGAUUGGUUCACUGUGCAGAUGGCGGAGACGGUGAAGUACGUGGAUGAUGAGCAUCGGAGCAUCUUCCUGAAGCUGCUGAACGAGCAGCGCCUGGAAGGCGAACACUGUGACAUCGCUGUGGUGGUCGAAGACGUCAAGUUCAGAGCUCACCGCUGUGUGCUCGCCGCCUGCUCCAACUACUUCAAAAAACUCUUCAAAAAACAUGAGGUGGACAACUCCUCUGUGAUUGAGAUUGACUUCAUUCGCUCUGACAUCUUCGAGGAGGUGUUGAACUACAUGUACACCGCAAAGAUAUCAGUGCAGAAAAGAGACGUCAACCUCAUGAUGUCUUCAGGACAGAUACUUGGCAUUCGCUUCCUCGACAAACUCUGCUCACAGAAACGAGACCUGUCUUCCGAGGACAAAGACAAGUUCCCCUAUGACAUUGUGAAGAUGGCGCUGCCCCCCGAGGCCCAGCUGGCCACUGAUGCCGAGGUGCUCGGGGAAAAUGAUGACACACCCACCCCGGAUGACCUUGUUGGGGCGUCGGCCAAUCAGGAGCUGGAUAAGUCUCCCACUGCUGCGCUGCGUGUCCAGGAGGCCAUCCUGAAGGAACUGACCAAUGAGGACGUACAAAAGGUAACCUGCUACGACCACGACGUUGACAUGGAGGCGGAGCCUAAAGAGCUAGGGGCGGAGCACCACGCCACCCAGACCCUGACUUUUGCAGAAAGUAUGGGGGAGGUGAAAGACGAGCAGCCGCCCGGCUGGUCCACGGCCACCACCGACAUGAAGUUUGAGUACCUGCUGUACGGACACCGGGACCAACUCGCAUGCCAGGUGUGUGGGAAGACCUUCCUGGACGAGAGCCGACUAAGAAAACAUGAGAAGCUUCAUUCAGCAGAUCGGCCAUUUGCCUGUGAGAUUUGCACCAAGGCUUUCACCACUCAUGCUCACCUGAAAGAGCACCUGAAGAUCCACACAGGCUUUAAGCCGUACAGAUGUGACGUUUGUGGGAAAUCGUUCAUUCGAGCUCCAGACCUGAAGAAACACGAACGAGUUCACAGCAACGAGAGGCCUUUUGCCUGCCAGUUGUGUGAAAAGGCGUUUAAACACAAAUCUCACCUGAAGGACCAUGAGAGGAGACAUCGAGGAGAGAAACCCUUCGUCUGUCCGUCCUGCAACAAGGCCUUCGCCAAGGCCUCUGAUCUGAAGCGACAUGAGAACAACAUGCACAGCGAGAGGAAGCAGAUGAAUCCACUGCAGAGCGACACGGAGACACUGCAGGCGGCUGCCAUGGCUGCUGAGGAGCAACAUCUGGACAGCAUCGGCUGCUCCUAACAUCUGGACUCAUCAGCUGCCUGCUCCUAACAUCUGGACAGGUGUUGCUGUAUAAAUAUUUUUCUGGAUCAGACUCUGAAGGUUCUGCGCUCGUUGAAGUCGUUUUGCCGCCGUGAUCCGAGAGCCGGAACAGACGUCACGAUGACACGUUAAGAACACGCUAUGAACACGCUAUGAACACGGACCCCUCCUCGGUGUUUCAUUUGUUAUUUGUAAAUGUACAGGAUCAUUUUUCCGUCUGUACAGUAAACUGUUGAUAUAUUGAUUGUAUAAAGUUUGUUGUUCUGUUCAGUUUCAUGAGCAGAUUGUUUUAAACUCCCCAA